AUGCGGGAUAACAGCUGCAGGAGCUUAAAGAAUUCAGAAAAAUUGGGCAGCAGUCGGCUGAAUGAUACGGUUGACCGAUUGCAUGAAGAGGAAGACGCCAUGAUGAGUAUGAAAGGAGUUAAAUGUAGUGAUGAGUUAUAUUUGGACUCGAGUUGUUCAACUCAUAUGAUGGGAAGGAAGGAUUGGUUUGUCAAAAUCAAUUGUGCCAUGAAGAACAAAGUAAAGUUUGCAAAUGACACCACUCUAAUGGCCGAAGGUAUCGGUGAUGUUUUGAUCAUGAGAGGGGAUGGUGGUCAUUCCUUGAUCAAAGAUGUCUUUUAUAUUCCAGGAAUUAAAUGUAACCUUCUAAGCAUUGGCCAAUUGCUUGAGAAGGGGUACAAGAUUCAUAUGGAAAACAAAGGGUUGCGCGUUUUAGAUGCAAAUGGAGUUUUGGUCCUCAAAGCGCCUAUGGAUGCCAAUAGAACCUUUAAGGUUGAGUUGAAGGUUAUGGAGCAUAGAUGGAUUGCAACUGCGGCAAGUAGAGAAGAGUGGAUGUGA